AUGGCGGGCGCGGCGCUGGCGCGGGCCGCGCAACUCUGGUCGCUGCUGGACGAGAUGGCGGAGAACGACCCCCAGGCCUACCGCCGGUUCCUGCGGCAGCAGCGCGCCGAGGCCGAGCGGUUUUACGCCCCGCCGGAGCCUCACCUGUGCCUGCGGGCCCGGCCCGCGGACGUCGUCGGGGGCCCGCUGUUUAUCAACAUCUGCAGCUGGAGAAGGGUCCCAGCGCCCAAGGCUCCCACGGACCCCACCCCUGUCACUGUGGGGCGGCUAGAAGAAGGAUCUGGCGAAGGAGAGCUUUGCAGAAUUAUAGACGUUGCAUACAACCCAGCUGUUCUUCAGGGGGCUGAAAACCCAGAGGAAAUGGAGCACCUGAUCCAUUUGACUCUCAGACUCCUUGAGGAGCAAUGCAACCUUGCUCUGUCCUCUUCAUACACCAUGGAGCCAUUCACACUGAAAGGAAGCUUGGCAAUGAUGAAGCAACGUCUGGAAGGAAGGCAGAUGCCAGCUCCACAGCUCAGUCAGAACACAAAGAAGGAGCUGACCCUUGAUCAGCUGCUGCAUACUGGGGAAGCUGAGGACUGCAGCAAUUCCCCUGUACUGCUGAAGGAGGAAAGUGUGACACAGUCCAGAAGGCAUCUGAUAGAGGAAAUCACCAGUCCUGAAAUGAGAGAGAAGCCAACUGUCCCUGCCUAUGAAAUCACCACUGUGAGGGAUGCAAAGGAGAAACCACUCCAGAUAGAACUCAAGAUUCAGUUGCCUCGGGUUGGCUCAGUCUCUGAGUGUGAGCUGAGCAUCUCAAAGGAUGACAUCAUCAUGGAAGUGCCUGGAAAAUACAAAUUACAGCUGGAUCUGCCAGAAUUGGUGGAUGAAGAGGGAGCUACAGCAGUAUUUAACACAGGGAAAGGGCUGCUGUUUGUCACACUGCCAGUUGCCAGGCCAGAUCCUUAA